AUGAACGUCUUGCUGUGUUGUGUUCAGGUGCAGUUAGUAAACAACACGUUCAAAGGGAUGAAGUACCUGCGGCUGAACACGCUGGCCUCUCUGGGAUACGCCGUGGUGGUCAUCGACGGCAGAGGCUCCUGUCAGAGAGGGCUGGAGUUCGAAGGGGCGCUCAAAAACAAAAUGGGCCAGGUGGAGAUCGAGGACCAGGUGGAGGGGCUGCAGUACGUGGCUCAGAAGUUUAACUUUGUGGACCUAAGCAGAGUGGCCAUUCACGGCUGGUCCUAUGGAGGCUUCCUGUCGCUCAUGGGCCUGAUCCAGAGGCCCAACGUCUUCAAGUUGGCGAUCGCGGGCGCUCCGGUGACCGUGUGGAUGGCGUAUGACACUGGUUACACCGAGCGCUACAUGGACGCUCCAGAGAACAACCAGCAGGGAUACGAGGACGGAUCAGUGGCUCUGCACGUGGACAAGCUGCCCAGCGAGCCGAAUCGUUUGCUGAUUCUUCACGGAUUUCUAGACGAGAACGUGCACUUUUUCCACACCAAUUUCCUUGUGUCGCAGAUAAUCCGCGCAGGGAAACCGUACCAGCUCCAGGUUUACCCCAACGAGCGCCACAGUAUCCGCUGCCCCGAGUCCGGAGAGCACUACGAGAUAAUGCUGCUGCACUUUCUACAACAAUACCUCUGA